AUGCGCAUCCCAGAGGCCUCAGCGGAGCCCUUCGGAGCAUGCGCGGCAUGGGGGUGGGCAGGGCUGCAGUCCGUGGGACCGCACUCCCGGAAGUGCACGGGGUCGCACGUAGGGUGUGUGGGAUCCCAGCAGUGGCUAGUGUUUCGGCACGUGGUUGCGUCCUGGCCCGCGAGCGCCCUGGAGCCACCUGGCUCGGUCGCGGAGGCGGUGUCGUCCCUGACCAUCGCUGAUGCGUUUGUUGCGGCUGACGAGAGCCCGGCCCCACCCCCGCCGCGCCCGGCACUCCCUCGGAGUUUCAUCUGCUCCUUCCCGGAUUGCGGCGCCAGUUACAACAAGGCCUGGAAGCUCGAGGCGCACCUGUGCAAGCACACUGGGGAGAGGCCGUUUGCUUGUAAAUAUGAGGGCUGUGGCAAGGCCUUCAUCCGAGACUACCAUCUGAGUCGGCACAUCCUGAUUCAUACUGGAGAGAAGCCUUUUAUUUGUACAGCUGGUGGUUGUGAUCAGAAAUUCAACACCAAAUCAAACCUGAAGAAACAUUUUGAACGCAAACAUGAAAAUCAGCAAAAACAGUAUGUGUGUAGUUUUGAAGAUUGCAAGAAGGCCUUUAAGAAACACCAGCAGCUGAAAAUCCAUCAAUGCCAGCACCGAAGGGAGCCACCAUUCAGGUGUACCCAGGAGGGAUGUGGGAAGCACUUUGCCUCACCCAGCAGCCUGAAGCGACAUGGGAAAGUCCACAAGGGCUACAUGUGUCAAAAGGGAUGUUCUUUUGUGGCCAAAACAUGGACAGAACUUCAGAAACAUACGCGAGAGACCCAUAAAGAGGAAAUAAUGUGUGAACUAUGCCAGAAAACAUUUAAGCGCAAAGAUUACCUUAAGCAGCACAUGAAAACUCAUGCCCCAGAAAGGGCCGUGUGCCGAUGUCCAAGAGAAGGCUGCGGUCGAACCUACACAACUGUGUUCAAUCUCCAGAGCCAUAUUCUCUCUUUCCAUGAGGAACAGCGCCCAUUUGUAUGUGAACACGCUGGCUGCAGCAAAACCUUUGCCAUGAAACAAAGUCUCACUAGGCAUGCCAUUGUGCAUGAUCCUGACAGGAAGAAAAUGAAGCUCAAGGUAAAACCAUCCCGUGGGAAACGGAGCUUGGCCUCUCGCCUCAGUGGCUAUAUCCCUCCCAAAAAGAAACAAGAGCAGGACUCGUCGUUGGCUGCAAAUGGAGAGGUGGAGAGCUAUGUGGAAGACAGGGUGCUCUCCAGUUGCAGUACUUGCCCCCCGCUUGGGUUACCUGGCCUUGGUGAAGGGCUACAGACCAGUGAGCUUAUUAGAGCUUAGAAGCCUAUUUUUCUUUAUUAAAAUCAUGGGUGUGCCACAUCUGA